AUGAGAGGAGAAGAUAGUUUUGCCAAUAAAGCCAUAGUUUGGUGCCUUGUAUUGCAAGUCAUCAUAUUUCAAGGGAACUCGAUUGAAGUUGGAGACGUGUCUUUCACGCUAAUGAUGAAGAACGAAAUGUUCGGCUUACACCGUCCGUUGGUUGUCUACCGGUGCAAGUCGUCUGAGAAGUCCCUCCGAUGGCAUGAAUCGUAUCCCAAAUCGGAAUUUACAUGGGAUUUCGAAGUCCCGCCGUUUGGAACCGGCUUGGUGAUUCACCGGUGCCAAUUCCUGUCGAGCCAAGGGACAGCGGAUGUCGAGAUCGAGACGUUGUCGAUGACUUCAACGUUGUGCGGAGGGCAUUUGUGUAAAUACGUCAUUAGGCCGAACGCCACUUCUUACCGCCUCACAACAACCACCACCAAGGUUUUCCGGAGGGAGGUGGAGGAGAUUUCCUGUAGUAGAAGGCGCUGUGAGCUUGAGGAGGAGGAAGAGCUUUCGAAGAUGGAUAGAUCGGAGUUGGAGGAGGAGAAUAAAUCGGAGUAG